CUAACAUGUAUUGACUCAGGGGGUUGAAUACUUAUCUAAAUCAAGGUAUGUUUUUUGUUGUGUUUUUGCUUUUUUACAAAUGUCAAAUUUGACAGAGUAUUGUGUAGAUCAUUGACAAAAAACGUACAUUAAAUCCAAUUUAAUCCCACUUUGUAACAACAAAAUAUGGAAAAAGUCUAGGGGAGUGAAUACUUUCUGAAGGCACUGUAUCUAGUCUGGUGCACAUUCUAGCCUAAUUCACUCCCAUCCCUAAACAAAAACACAUGUAGCCUACUUAAAAUAAAGUGGCAAAAAACAUUGGGACAAAAAUACUUUAAUUCCACAACACUAUAUUCAAUAUCUUUAUUUCUUCAAGGGUGUCUGUCACAAUACACAACCUCAGUCCCAAUAGUUUUGGGACAGGAGUGAAUUAGGCUAGAAUGUGCACUAGACUAGAUACAUGAUAAACUACAACUACCCAUUUUUAAUUGGGCGUAAAAACGUCUCAUCUGUUGACUAAUUAGACUCAAGAUUGUGAGUGGAAAAUUACAAAACCUUUGCUCCCCCUUGUGGGCUUAGGUUUGUUUCAAACUCCAUAUUUUGAGUUCAUGUUUCAUUUGUACAGUAUGAGCAUCCUCUUCAGUUGAAGGUGUUAUUGGCAGUAACAUUAUUUUAGAGUAUCCAUUCCCUAGAACAUCUCAUAAGGGCACUAGUUCAGACAACUUGUCAGGGGUCCUGUGGAAGUAGGUUUACAAGUAUAUUGUGGUCAAGUUUGAUGAACAAGGGUCAGUAGCUAAUGAGGGAUUACUGUAUUGUUUGACAAGGACGGAGACUAAAAACCCGAAAGUAUUUGGUAAAUCAAAGGAAAUAGUUGUGGAAUGUUCCAGAUCUUGUGUAUGCCUACUGGAGUUGUACAGUUUACCAGCAUGUUUAUAUAUUCCAUUCUGAUAGAGAUCACCCUUCCUGUCAGAAAGAUACACAAAUACACCCAGAGCCAAAAAUACCUCUGACAGUUUACUGACGCAAGUGAACCAAUGUUUACAGUAUUUGGGGUCAUCGGAUAAAAUAAGUAGCGAAGCAUUAUGUCCACUUGAAUUUGUAUUUAUACCCGAGUAAGAUUAAUGUAAAUGCAUUAGUCUUGACGUAGCCUAGUCGCGAACCACAACGUGAUUUUGGAGGUAUGGCAACGCCAGACUAGUCUUGACAGAACAAUGGCAAUUUUAAUUUUAAAAUCGAAUGGCGGCAUUGAACAUCACAAACUGGAUAUAGCACACAAUGCAUACAAAACAGUAUUUGAAUCGACUGUAUUCAGAAGUAUUGUAACAAAAUGUUAAUUUAUACAUUAUUAUAGCAAACAUACUGAUAAACUGUCCUUAAAUCUAAUCUGUACAUCUUUCACAUAGAUCAGCCCUCAAUCUUUUUAUUUGCAAGAGGGGUGGGUUCAACUUUGCUGCAGUAGAAGAAACCCAAGGGACUUCAAAUUGGCCGUAAUCACUCCACUGUGCUCCUUUCCAUCCCUUACAGAGCAUUGUGCCUUCAGCACAGUGGACGGCUCCCAGCAUCGGAUCAACUUUAAGGCUUAAGAGGUAGGUGGACAAUUUAACAGUAUAUGCAUGUGCUUUUCUGACAGAACUGAUUAUUACAAUUAUCUUGAGCAAUUCCCAAACUUGGAACUACAUACUGUAGAUUUGAAGCUAAAAUGUAUCCGUUUUCACAAAUCUGAUUAUGCCAUGAACUGGAUGCUUUGUGCAUUAAUGCAGUUGUUUGAUACAAUUAUUUUUUUUUACUUAAGUUACCGUCAAUAUACAAGUUGCUUUUUUUUUUACCUCCUUGAGUAUCAUUAGGCUUCAUUUGAAAAUACUGUAAAUUGCAAUUUGAUGAUUGCAUUCAGCUUACAAAUAUGUAAUUUUUACUGCCCUCAAGCCUGGCCAAGACGGUGGGCACAAACUGAUAAGAGAAUGGUCAUGAGGGUAAUUUGUCUGCCUCCACCACUUCCAAUGUGUGUGUACAGUAAUACCCAGAGACCUCAGAACCUACAGUAAUGCUGAAUUUUGCUCUCAUCCUUUAACUUUUCUGAAUACAGAAUGGAGGUUAAGGUAUCAGUGGAAGGAGUCCCACAAGUUGUCUGUGGAGUUACUGAGAAAACCACAUGCCAGGAAGUAGUCAUAGCUUUGGCCCAAUCCAUUUGUCGUCCUGGGCGCUACACACUUAAAGAGAAAUUCAAAGAGUUUGAGCGGAAUGUGGCACCCAAUGAACGGCUUCUGGAGUCACUUGAGAGGUACGGCCAGCAGGCCAGAGAGGUCCAGCUCACCCUGCUGCAUAACGGGCCAUCCUUCUGCGAAGAGCCUAGUAGAGGGAAAGGCAGCAGAUACCAAGUUGGGCCUCAGCUGAGGAGAGCAGAUGCUGGGGGCAAAGUACGAAGGUGUAAUGGUGGUCUUAGUUUACACCGUCAAAGCCUACCUCCCUUAUCACGCCUGCGGCAACAAGCCAAACAGCCACCGGAAGAACCGAAGAAGCCCAAAAGAAAGUCCCUGACCCUGAUGGAGGAGGCUUGGGGAUGGCUGGAGAGCCUAGGAAGAGGCGGAGCGAACCAAUCAAGCCACGAAAAGGGAAACAGCAAGGACACUGACAAAAGGGAUGGUAAUUCCCUGAAUGUUUCGGUCACUGUUUCCAAGGAUCCCUCCACUCCUGGGGUUUUGCAGAGCAAAGUCAGAGGAGAAAAGAGUGCCAAGUCCACUGAGCACCAGCGAAUCUCCUGCUGCAUGGGAGACCAGGGCAGGGACAGAGAGAAGAGUAACAUUUCUGAUGAGGGUAAGGAUAACCAACAUGUUAAGAAACACCCAGAAGCUGGCACAGCAAAGAUAAAUGCUGAGGGCUGUCAGAAUCCAACCAGUGCCCUUAAGAUGGUUGAUGAGAAAAGGAGGUUAAGAGGACUAGUUGCUCGCCAACAGACUAAUCUGAAAGAGCUGCAGGUUCAAAUAAACUCAACGAAUAGUCAGAUUCAUGAGCUGGAGGAGCAACAAAAGGCCAGGCAAACUGACCAAGAGGCCCAGCAGAAGGUAAUAGAGGAGGCAGAGCAGCUGGAAUUUUGGGAUAAUGAGCUGAAGGCGGAAGAGGGAUAUCAAAAAGACUUGGAGGAACAGUUCCUGGAGAUUAAGGAAAAAGCUGUGGCGUGUAAGGCCAAGUUGGAAGAAUACAAAAUGAAAAUGCAAGGACUUGAUUCCUCAAGAGACAGAAGAACUGUUCAAAUGGAGAAAGUGAAUGUUGCAAGCCAAGAUGCCACAUCUCCUGCUGCUGCAGGGUGGACAACGCCAAAUGAGGCCUUGAAUCAGUCAAGAGCGCUUACAGUCAGCGUGGUAAAUACAGACAGGAAGUUUGCUCCCAGAGAGAACUCAGAUCUUCCGCAUGCUCUAGUUCCCCCAAACCAGAUCAAGGACUUGCGGCCCUCAAGGCCAAAUCAGCUUAGAGACUUGUGGACACACUGGUCUGAAGCCCCGAGUCCAAAUACAGAAACAAAACCAAAGGUUGUGCAUCGCGCCGCGAUAACGAUACAUCUGGGUAGCACCAGAGUUUGAACGAGGUAGAGCAAGAACUGAAACGUUCCAGUUUAAAACAAAGACAAUAUAGCCUUCUCAUAAUGUGCGUGAUAAUUCAAACUGUGCAGGGAUUUGUUCCCAGUUUUACAUUUCUAUAUGAAGGUUCAGUGUGGCAACAAUAAAAUUCAUUUUUUAAGCAAACUUCUAUUGUCCUACCAAGAGAUGCGGAAUAUAUUUUCCAUCUUCAGUUUGCUCCACUGUUCAGGCACAUUUUGGUUUGAAAGUAGGGACAGCAUUUAUGUUUUAGUCUUGCUGCCAUUGAAUAAAAUGGUUUAUACAAACUCUAUGGAAUUUAAAGGAACAAAUAAAUAACUGCCUGGAUUUUCUUUCAAAUAAAGAAACGCAAUAUGAUUUUCAUAAAACUUUAAUUCAAUUGCUUCAUUCAAGACCAUUAACAAAAGUUCAUAGGAGCGCCUGUGCAGUUCAGGAUCAACCCAGUGAUCUCCAGAGUUUAAAUUAAUUUAGUCUCCAACUGCCGUAUGUGCGUACAGGCACAACAGACCACACCAACACCGCCAGAGCACAAUAGAUAUCCUGAUCCUUAAGACGUAACUUAAUUCUAAUGCUUUGUUACACUUCCCCUUCCUUCCCCCCCCUUUACUGAAGUUAAAUGUAUUUUUGUUAUAUUGUGAUGUUUGAAUCUUUCACUAAGAAAAAAAAAGGACACAUUACAUACAGUAUAUUUCAACCCACAGGUAUUUGG